CAUUUUACGCCGAAACAGACAUUGGGAGCGUCGUGACGCUAACAUUCACUUUAAUGACAUUUUAAACUAUGGAUUCUGAUUUAUCCGAUUUAACCUUGGAUUGCUUGAUUCACGUUUUCUCAUUACUUACUGACAACGACUUAAUAAAUGCCUCGGGUGUUUGUAAGCGGUGGUAUGAAGCUGCAGAGACACCCUGGCUCUGGCGACAGAUGUGUCUGCAUCGCUGGAGCUUCUGUAAUAUCAGUCGGUGCAGUUCAGAAAAUGGAAAGCGGAGCUGGAAGAGUUAUUACCUGCAGCGCUCCAGUUUGGAACACAAAAUGAAGACGGGCCGAUCGUGCACAGACUACACAUGCAAAAGCCUGAGGGGUCAUACAGGUAGAGUGGUUGGACUUGCUUACCUGCAGGAAAACAGACAUGACUCUGACAACUGGGAGAGACCGUCCAUUGUCUGCAGUGCAUCUUCUGAUGGUACAGUCCGUGCGUGGAAUGUUCAGCAGGGCGUCCAGCUGUGGUCAAGUCCUGUCCAAAGCCCUCUGUCGGGUGUCGUCACUGAUCCUCAGCGUGAAGCUGUCUUCACCUGGGACACUACAGGAGUAAUCAAAGCCUGGGAUGGCUGCACAGGACAGGAAGUGGCUGCCUUCCCCACUGCGGCCUCCAAGUGCAAGUUGCUGCCCUUUAGUGCUGAUGACCAGUCUGCCCUCUUUGUUGGCACUAGCAGCGGGGCCGUCUGCAUGCUGGCAGUCCCCUCGUUGUCACUGGUCUGGCGUCAGGUGCUCUUCCAGGCUUUCAAUAUCGACAUAUUGAUUUCAUCUCCUGAUAAGAAAUGGAUCCUCGCUGCGAGCACAGAGGGCGCAGACUGUCACCCACAGGUUUUCUGCAGCCGCAGUCUGAGGUGUGUCACUGAGGAUGAUCCUCCUCUGGGGCAGUCUGUGCCCGUCUCCUGCUGUCUGGCUGCGGUUUUCCUGGCCUCUGAACCACCCCGAGUGGCUGUGCUGCACAGUGAUGCAUUCGGAUAUCAGACGGACAAAACACUCUCCGUCUUUGAAAUCACUAUUAAAAAAUCAAAAUACAAACAGGAAGUUGAAGUUCAGCAGGUAGAAAGCUUUCCGCUGGGUUUGACUAAUUGGCAUACAGAUGUGCACCUGCAAGCCAGAGGUGCUGCUACCUUUGUGGUUGCAGCUGGGAACCACCUGAGAGUGUACACCCUAAAAGGUGCCUUAUUGGCUACUUUUGAGGAUCACACGGAGCCAAUAGCAUCUUUCUGCGUGGACAGUUUUCGCGUGGUUACGGCGUCCCGUGACCUCUCCCUGAGAGUGCUCACCUGGAAGAAGGAACGCGAUGCUGGUCUGUCUCUCGAGAGCCGAUUCCACCUGCUGGGAGGGUCUCACACCAGGGCCUGGGGAUUUACACAUGUAAUCUGCGAUUACAAAAGUAUUGUGGCCUCAGUGGAAGCCAGAGAUGAAAAGGAUGUUUUAAAGGCCUAUUCCUUCAAUGCUUGACCAGGCUUUCUCACCAUACAAGGAGUAUAAGAAUAUACAAUGUACCGGUCAAUAAUAAUGUUAUUCAGCAUAUGUAUCAGCAGUAAUGGCUGGGGAAAAUCUAAUGGCAUGAACAAUUUCACAUGGCUUUAUGGUUACACAAAUCCUAAGGCUUUUCUCCUUUUUCCACUAUGGGAACAGCAUUUUGAUAAACCCUAAAUGGGAAUUUGUUAAUGGCAGUUGUCACCACCCCAGCUCAUAAAUAUCUAUCACUGUGCAGAGCUUAGGUGCAGCCCAUCAUUUAAUUGGGGUCCAUUUGAGCUCAGUAGUUCUAUGGAGAACUCCUGUAUGCAUUACCUGAAAAUGUAAAAAUCAAUAAACAUGUUUCUACGUGAA